AUGAGCAACAAAAGAGAUAAACCGAAACACGAAAACUCAUUCGACGAGGAGGAAGUCUUUAAAAGAAGCAAAUCAACGACAAGAACACCACCAAAGGACAACAAAGAAGAGCAAGAAAAACAAGAAAUGGAAGAUAUAAAGAAAAUGUUAAAAGAAAUGAACGAGGAUAUCAAAACACAAAUAAAAGAACUGAAAACGGAAUUAAAGGAAGAAAAUGAGGAGAUUAGAAACAACAUAAGGGAGGAGAGGAAAGAGCUGAAACAAGAGAAUAAAAUGCUCAAAGCAGAAAACAAAAAGAUAACAGAGGAUCUAUCUGAUCUUAAACGAUCAAUGGAAAGACUAGACAAGGAAAAAAGAAAAAAUAACCUAAUCAUAAGCGGAUUAAUUAUAGACAGUGAAGAUCCAAUAGCUCUAAAACAAGAAAUGACAAACAUGCUAGAAAACCAUCCAGGAAGAAUUAAGACCGAUGUCAAGAGAGCACAAAAAAUUGGCACAGAAACCUGCCUAGUUGAAUUAGGAAAUGAAGAAGAAAAAGUAGCCAUACUACGAAAUAAAAGCAAGCUAAAAAAAGUAAAGCAUAGGAAAAUAUGUAUUACAGAAGACCUCACAAAAAGAGAUCAACAGAAAGCGAAAGCCUUAAGAGAUAUAAGCAGAGAGAUGAGAGAAAAAGUGAAAAUAUUAUAA